AUCGAUAUUUAAGUCCGUGAAAAAAAAAAAAAAAUCAGCAUAACCGAAGUCAUGCAUUAUAUAAAUGAAAUAAUUUUGUAUUAUCACAAAUACCAAUGAGUGUGGGAAAAGAAGGAAAAACAUGUGAAAAUUGAUAAAGGAAACCAAAAUUCGACAAUAAUGGCAGAACCUUAUAUUGUGAUGGAAGAAGGUGAAAGUCCAAAAAUUGUCAUUGGUGGUAAAUGCCAUAUUCUCCGAGACACAGAAAAAACAGCCGGAAUCACUCCACCCCUGCCUUCUGUUUCGGAGAUUCCGAAACCUAAUGAUACUAAGGCGUACAGUGAUUUCUACACAUUGAGCAGUCAGAGCCAUCUUAGCAAUCUUGCAGGACAUAUAGAACCUCAAAUAUAUUUCUUGCCUAGUUAUGAAAGAAGCGUAAAACGAAAGGAAAGAAGGGAACCAUCUGGAAUUCAACAUACUGAGAAAACGGAAUCUCGCAUUUUGUGUAGCCAUACUUUUGUAGAGAUAGCUUUGAAACUGUGCAUGAUCUGUCUUUUUAUUUUCAUGUUUGUGAGAUGUUUCCAGCUAGGCAUGCCAUACUUAUGGACUACGCUAGAAGGAUAUUUAACCCUGGGAACAAUAAUUCUACUUCCGUUACUUUAUUUGUUCUAUGCUUGCUUGCUUUGUAGAAAAGAAGCUAUACAUCAAACUGUGCCCUACACAGAAGAAGGAAUGUUAGCAUAAAAUCUAUGACUGUAUCUGUAAGCAAA